AACGGGCACGAAACGUGACUUCGUCUGAAUAAAUCGAACUGAUAGAAAGAAUACACUGAUUACUGCUGUACCAGUUUUUUACAUAUUUUAGUUGUUUUGUUUUGUUUUCCGUUUUCCAUUAAUUUGAAAAAUCGAAUAAAAACAUCAAUUUUCUAUUUGGCAUACAUUAUUUUUUUCGCGACAAUGAUUGCACAAAGAACCAAAUUUUUAAACCAUGAGAAUCAAUAGUUCAUAUUCCGAUGAAUAUCGUUCAAUUCCGUCACAGUGGCUAUUUUCCGUAUUAUUCGUUUUGUUAUUCUCUUAUUUUCCAACAAAAGCCGAUGUUCCGGUAAUAGAACCGGAUCAAGUCGACCCAAAAACAGGAUCCGAUGGAGAAUUUCCUACAACUCCAUUGGAAAGCAGUCAAGUCGUCAAAAAUGCCUACUGGGAGCAGCUAGCCAAUGAACUUCGAGGACGGACACUUAAAGUUACCACGCUAGAGGAUUGGCCCCUGAGCUACACCGAACGCAUCAAUGGAACUUUAUUUGGCCGAGGGGUGGCUUUCGCCCUAUUUGAGUUCAUCAUGGAGAAGUUCAAGUUCAACUAUACACUUGUAAUACCGGAACACAACAUCGUUGGAUCCAGUACAGAUAUGGAGGGAAGUGUUAUCGAGUUGUUGGCCAACAAUAAGGUAGAUAUGGCCGUGGCUUUUCUGCCUAUUCUGGCUGACGCCCGACAACACAUUCUUUACUCUACCGGCCUGGACGAGGGCGAAUGGAUGAUGAUUAUGGUACGGCCCAUGGAAUCGGCCAGUGGUGCCGGUUUGUUGGCUCCGUUCCAACGGGAUGUGUGGAUCCUAAUUCUGGUGUCUCUUUUGGCCGUCGGUCCGAUCAUUUACGCCCUUCUGGUACUGCGCUAUAAAAUGACCAAGGACAAGGAACAGGCCUUAUAUGCGCUACCUCAUUGCGUGUGGUUCGUAUACGGAGCACUGAUGAAGCAGGGCAGCACGUUGUCUCCGACGGGUGACUCUACCCGUAUUUUGUUCGCCACCUGGUGGAUAUUCAUUACACUGCUCACAUCAUUCUACACGGCCAACUUGACCGCUUUCCUGACCCUGUCCAAAUUUACGCUACCCAUCAACAGUGCCGAUGAUGUUCUGCGAAAGGAAAAACAGUUUGUCACGAUACGUGGUAAUGCUAUCGAGUACGCCAUCAAAAAUAGUGACGAGGCCUUGAACUCACUCAACACAUUGGUAGGCAAACACCUGGUCGAAUUCACGACAAAUUUGAACGAUAGCGAUGUUCUUAUGACAACGGUGGCAAAAAAGAACUUCGUAUACGUGCGAGACCGGCCGGCAUUCGCUCACAUGGUAUACAACGACUAUCUGGUGAGACGAAAGGUGAAUCCGAUUAAUGAACGCAGUCACUGCCCGUUUGCCGCUGCUGUAAGUCCAUUCCUGAAAAAAGUACGCGCUUUCGCUUACCCAAACACUACACGCUGGAAUUUCCUGUUCGAUCCACAACUACUCAACAUGGUCGAAGGAGGUAUUGUAAAGUUCAAGCUAUUGGAAAACUUGCCAAAAGCGGAGAUUUGUCCCCAAAACCUGGGCAGCACAGAACGUCAACUGAAGAAUCGUGACCUGACCAUGACAUAUUUUGUGAUGUUUACCGGCUUCGGUACAGCCAUUGUGGUAUUUAUUUCGGAGAUGAUAUUUCGAUUAUUAAACCAACAAAAAUUCAACAAACAGCGAAAUGUCGUUGAUGUUCGACAACUUUUAUUCGCGAAACCCAUUUCAAACAAAGUUCAAUCUUAUGGCGACUAUUCUCCACCACCACCGUAUGCAGAGAUCUUCAGGCGACACCCCAGUGGAUUGGGUUUAUUAAAUAAAAAUCAUAAUUCGGAUGUUUCCACACGUAAAAUGAUCAACGGCCGGGACUACAUCGUAGUUAAGGAGAAGAACGGUCUGAGUUCGCAGUUAAUUCCGAUGCGGGCCCCUUCAGCAGCGAUCUUUCAGUAUACCUAUGCCAACUAGACCUCGGUUUUACUUGUUUGAUAUCUUUUUUGACGCUGUUACCUUCGAUGACGUGUAUUAAUUUUAUUCAUAACUCAUCAUUUGUUACACCUUUUAAAGAUUGAAAUAUGUCAAAUCAAUUUUAUUUUGAAGAUUGAUUUCGUACCUAAUUUUAUUUAGUUGAUUUUUUCAUUAUCUCUUUCUUCUUGUCAUAGCUGAGAUCAUUAUUUAUAUGUCUGAUUUUAGUUAUUCUCGUAAUUGUGAAAUCUUUCUGGCCUCCAUGAAUAACCAGUAUCAUCUCUAGACCUGCAUAACAAUGCCAUUGACGUGAAUAACUCUAUGAACAUUAUGAAUCUGUAUCGACACUAAAUAUCCCUUAGAUUGAUUGGAACCUAAAUAUACACUAUAGAUUAAAUAAAAAUAAUAGUUACUGAAAUAUGCCACCAAUAACACAUUACUAUCAAAAACUAGUAAAGAAUGAGUAUUGAUGUUUUUUGACAAGUAUAAAAAGUUUAUUACAAUAAUAAAUAAAUAAAUAAUACAUUAAAACAGUUGUAUGUACAUUGGUAUCAAAACAACGUAAAGCAAGCGUAUUUCAAGAUACGAAAAAACGAAAAAAAAAAACAAUAAUAAAGCCUUCACUAAAAAGACAUAAAUCUCGAUGAUGACCUUGCAAAGAAAAAUGAGAAUGAAUUCAGUUACCAAUGAAAGUUUCUUAAAAGCAUAUUUUUUAUUAACUAUGUAAUAUUGAAUGAAUUAGUAUUAUAACAAAGACAACUAAUUUGAAGCACAUAUAGAGAGCAGUGUGUAAAAUGGCGAAUUAUAACAUGAAUGAAGUUUUAAUAUUCGAAAGAUUGAGCUCAAUAAGCUACAAAUCAAAAGCUUUAAACGAAUCACAAUGAAUCAUUCCUACAUAUCGUCUUACAUAAUUUCUCCUAAAGUAAAGAUCAAACUUGAGUAUCACAUGUUAGAAGUGGCAUGGUGAAGAUUGAACAGCUUCUAGUGGACUCACACCCAUAUAUUCGAAUUAGUAUCAUGGCUCAGAAUACGAUACACUUUUAAAAAAGCAAAUAAAAUCUGAUCAAAUGGAA